CCGUCGGGUCCUUUUCCCUCCGGACCGGCCACAUCAGCUGAAGCGGCCUGAGUCGUGUACCCGUGUUGGACCCUGUAUUUCGGAGUUUGAGCCCUUGCUCAGGUGCGCAAGUGUACGCGUCCGUGCGGCCCCUACGUUGCGGAUCCUCCCUCAUCCCGGCCAGCCCUACCCAGGACCCGGUGACCGACGGAACCAGGUUCCAUUUCGCUUGCCAUCAGCAGCAGCAUUUAGCACGUGUGGACGUCAGCCUCGUCUCUGCAUGUCCCUGCCUUGAGCCAGCCUCUCGCCGUCAUGUCCGCUCCGCAGCCGCCUCAACAGCAACAGCCGCAGCCGCUCAACCGCUGCAUCGUCAAGCAGGUGCUCUCGGGUGACACCGUAGUGAUCCGUGGGCAGCCUCGCGGAGGUCCUCCCCCCGAGAAGACGAUCUACAUCUCCAACAUCACUGCGCCUAAGCUUGCCAAGCGUCCCACUGAGACGGUUGCUGAGACACGAGAUGAGCCCUUUGCGUGGGAGGCCCGUGAAUUCUUGAGGAAGAAACUGGUCGGCCAGGAGGUGGUCUUUUCUAUCGAGUACAGCGUCAACGACAGGGAUUACGUCACGCUCUACCUGGGCAAAGAUGCGAGUGGCGAGAAUAUGGCCGAGUCCCUGGUGCGUGCAGGCCUUGUCGACGUGCGUACUGGCGGCAAGGGAGAGGCUCAGCAACGCCUGCGGGACCUGCAGGAGGAGGCGCAGGCGGCAGGCCGAGGGAAGCACGGCCCAGACGCAGCGUCGCACGUGCGCGACGUCAAGUGGACGCUGCGCGACGGCGAGGACCCGCGCACCUUUGCUGACCGGAUGGGCAAGAACCCCGUACCCGCGGUUGUCGAACAUGUGCGGGACGGCUCCACCGUGCGGGUGCUGCUGCUGCCAGACUUCCACUACAUCACGCUCAUGCUGUCGGGCAUCAGGUGUCCGUCUUCACGUCCUGGGGAGCCAGAGUCCCAGUACGCGGAGGAGGCCAAGUACUUCACCGAGUCGAGACUACUGCAGCGGGAUGUCGAGGUAGUCCUAGAGGGCGCCACCAACCAGAAUUUCUUUGGCACCGUGCUGCAUCCCAACGGCAACAUUGCCGAGCACCUGCUGAGGGUGGGAUUUGCCCGCUGCGUCGACUGGAGCCUCGCCUCGGUCACUGGCGGAGCGGAUCGCCUGCGAGCUGCCGAGAAGGAGGCCAAGGAGAAGCGGUUGCGGCUCUGGAAGGACUACAAGCCCACAGGCAUCCCCAUUGACGCCAAGGAGCAGCGGUUUGAAGGAAAGGUCAUGGAGGUCAUCAAUGCCGACGCACUCGUGGUGAAGGUUGGCGACGAGCUGCGCAAGAUCUUUCUCUCCAGCAUCCGGCCGCCAAAACGUCCAGAGGAGCCCAAGGAACCGGCGUCGGGCGGUGGCGGAGGCGGCAAGGAGCGCAACUUCCGGCCCCUCUACGACAUCCCGUUCAUGUACGAGGCGCGGGAGUUCCUCCGCAAGAAACUCAUUGGCAAGCAGGUGCAGGUCUGCAUUGACUACAAGCAGCCAGCGUCCAAUUCCUUCCCCGAGAAGACCUGCUGCACGGUCACAAUUGGCGGGAUCAAUGUUGCGGAAGCACUAGUAGGCAAGGGGCUGGCCACCGUGGUCCGGUACCGGCAGGAUGACGACCAACGCUCGGCACACUACAACGACCUGCUGGCUGCUGAGAUGAAGGCGCAGAAGUCGGCACGAGGACUGCACUCCAAGAAGGACGCCUCUGUCCACAGGGUCGUUGACCUGGCUGGGGACUUGGCCAAGUCCAAGCAGUUCCUGCCGUUCCUCCAGAGGGCGGGCAAGAUGGAGGCAGUGGUGGAGUUUGUGGCCAGCGGGUCACGGCUCCGGCUCUACAUUCCCCGAGAGAACUGCCUCGCCACCUUCCUGCUGGCCGGCAUCUCCUGCCCCCGGGCGGGCCGCCAACAGGCUGGCCAGACCAUUCCCGGCGAGAAGUUUGGCGAGGAGGCGCUGCAGUUCACCAAGUCGCUGUGCCUGCAGCGUGAGGUCGAGGUCGUGGCCGACGGCAUCGACAAGGCGGGCAACUUCAUCGGCUGGCUCACCGUCGAGGGCGUCAACCUGUCGGUGGCGCUGGUCAAGGAAGGGCUCGCCACGGUCCACUUCACGGCCGAGCGGUCGGUCCAUUACCGUGCCCUCCAGCUGGCGGAAGAGCAGGCCAAGCAGCAGCGGCUCAAGAUCUGGGAGGACUAUGAAGAGACUGAAGACACCAAGCCUCAGGAGGUGAUCACCGACCGCAAGGGCAACUACCGCAAUGUGCUGGUCACAGAAGUGAAGCCGGACCUCUCCUUUUACGUCCAAUUCUUCGAUGACGGCCCGAAGCUGGAGGAGAUGACCAAGCUGUUGCGUCAGGAGUUGGCUGAGCAUCCACCUGUGUCGGGCGCCUACACGCCCAAGAAGGGUGAGGUGUGUGCAGCCAGGUUCUCGGAGGACCAGCAGUGGUACAGGGCACGCGUCGAGAAAGUCCAGCCCAGUGGUUCGGUGGAGAUUUUCUUCAUCGACUACGGGAACAGAGACACGGUGGAUCCCUCAUCCCUGGCGUCCUUGCCUUCCCUCGGCAUUCGAGACGUCCCACCAGCUGCAAGGGAAUACACCCUGGCUCUGGUGGCCCUGCCAAAAGACCCCGAGCAGGCCCAGGAGGCAGUGCACGCGUUCCAGGAGGAAGUGUCGGGCGAGCCGCAGCUGCAGCUGAACGUGGAGUACCGUGUGGGCGGCCAGGAGUACGUCACGCUGCUCACCUCGUCGGGCAACGACGUCGGCAAGGCUCUGCUGCAGGAGGGCUGGGUCUUGCUGGAGGAGCGUCGCGACCGGCACCUCCAAGAGCUGCUCCAGGAGUACACGGCGGCCAGGGACUCGGCUAAGGCCAAGAGGCUGAACCUCUGGUGCUACGGCGACGUAACGGAGGACGACUCCAAGGAGUUUGGCUGGGGCCGCUGAGGAGGACCUGUCGCCGCAAAGUCAACUUCUGCCUCGCGCGCGCACACCUCGGGCCCGUGGUGUGGGCGGGUUGGGGAGUGGGAGAGGGGGUUCGGUUGUUGUUGGUGAUGGAGGAGUGAGGAGCAGCUCUCUGCCCGUUGUCAAGGAGGUCCGUCGCGGCGGAGGCGGGGCGCUCCGGCUGAAGCACGGGGGAGAGAGGGGUGCAGCCUCCUCGCCUCAUUUUAUCGUGAAGACUCUCGAGAACACUCGCCCGGGAGGGGAGGUGCACUGCUCGCCACGCUCGACAUGUGUCUGUCUCGCUCUUCUUUGUUUUUUUCUCUCUUUUUUCCUUGCGUCACUCAAUUGUCGGGCAGCGUGCCAGGUACCAGGUGUUAUACCCCAUUGUACAGAGAGCUUGGGAAUGUUAAUUAAGCACAGAACAGAACUCUCGCCACCCAUAGUCUUGCUCUCACUACAUCUCUUUACACUAUGUGGAGCAAAAGGCUUCGAGAUGAUGUAAUCAAUACCACGUUCAUGGCAUCGUUGAGUGCGUGGUGGUCUCCCAAUCAUUGCGGAUUUCAUAAAACGGCCUGGACACAAAGCAUACAACAGUGCCGGCUGGGUGUCCCGGCUGUACCAGACAGUGUCACUCAACAGAGUGCUGUUUUGGGUAAUAUAUGCAUGCAAGUGUGACAUAAGUGGCAGUGACUUCUUAACUUUAACCUUGUCAACACUGGCUUUUGAUUUGCCCGUGGGCUUCCUCCUCGAACCACCUACGAAGCACCAAUAUGCGAGCAAGCAUUUUUUUUCUACCAGUCUGGUAAAAACCAUGGCUCCUCUUGCUCGGUUUUAGUAUGCUUUGAAAAGAACCACCCUCUUAUGGUGCAUUCUCUGCAACGAAAAAGUGUCUUUUGACAUUAAAGAAAUGGCUGCCUUGUGGCAGUACAGAUGGUUAUAUUGCGAUAUCUUGUCUCUUUGUUUUCGUGGUUUCUUCUUUUUUAAAUGUAAUGUUACUCUUGUUAUCAUUCUCUCAUACGUUGGUUGAACUUAUACCUGACAAUGAAACAUUGCCCCCUCUUUUCCUUUAUUUUUUUUUUUAAAUAAAGGAGUUGACUUUGA